GAGCGGCACUUUGGAGUUUGUAGUCUCCAACAAUCAGUCAUCGUACGUUUCCCACGAAUAUCCUGAUAUUUAUUAACAAUGGUGGAGGAGAAAAACGGCUCGGAGAUGCUCACUGAUGCAGAGGCUGAGUUGUACGACAGACAGAUUCGUCUUUGGGGGCUGGAGUCACAGAAAAGACUACGUCUGGCCAAGGUUCUUCUCAUUGGACUCAAUGGAUUUGGUGCUGAGGUUGCCAAGAAUAUUAUUCUUGCUGGGAUCAAAUCUAUUAAAUUUUUGGAUCACAGGGAACUGACGGUUGAGGAUUCAUCCUCACAGUUCUUUGCUGAUAGGAAAGAUGUUGGAAAGAAUAGAGCACAAGCAUCAGUGGAUCGAGCCCAGAACCUCAACUCAAUGGUUGAAGUGACAGCUGAUGAUUCGAACAUUGACACCAAGCCAGACACAUUCUUCAGGGACUUUGAUGUCGUCUGUGCCUCAGAGUGCACCAUCACCCAGUUGAAGAGAAUCAAUGCAGCAUGCAGGAAGUACAAUGUCAAGUUCUUUGCUGGUGACGUCUGGGGAAUGUUCGGAUACACGUUUGAGGAUCUGUUGACGCAUGAAUACGCCAUGGAUGUAGUUCAGAGUAAGAAGAAACCAGGACCCGGUGGUGACUCUAAGGACAAUGGAAGUGUCGAUGGAAUUGUCAACACUGUCAAGAGAACAGAGACUUUCGUUCCAUUCGAGAAAAUUCUUAAUGCCAAGACAUUGCCAAAAAAUUCAGAAGUUUAUCAUUUGUUCCAGAUAAUGAUGAACUAUCGAGAGAAGCAUGGGAAAGAUCCCCAUCCGAAUGAACGUGAAUCCAAGCUUCCAGAGUUUUCUCAAGAGGCAGAAGCCAUAAUAAAAGAGUACGAUUUGGGGGAUAAAAUAAACGAUUUAAUCGAGGGAGAUCUGUACGCCCAAGUGAGUCCAGUCUGCGCAAUACUGGGCGGUGUGAUGGGCCAGGAGAUAAUAAAGGCAGUGUCUCAGAAAGAGCCACCGCUCCACAACCUCUUCCUUUUCGAUCCUGCAACCAUGUGUGGAAAGGCCAUUCGUCUGGGUCACUAAACCCACACCAACGGCAUCUGAACUUCCUGACAACAUUAUCGUUUAAAAACAUUCAUUUCGAUGUUCAAAUAUAUUUUUCACUUUCAAUACAGUACAUUUUUCGUUCAUUUA